CUUGCUUUGCGCAGCUCUUGCGCAGCCUUUGCCGGCUGCGCCUUCCGCUGACCAGACGCUCCAGCAGCCUCCUCUGCCUCUCCGCCUCCCACGAAGCCGACCACGCAGGCGGAGAGCAGUCGCCGCCGCCGCCGCCGCCGAUUCAGCACCAAGGACAGCCGCCGCGGAGAGGGAGCCCUAUUGCACGCCGCUGCCGCCGCCGCCCCGCGCUGCUCGCCUGGCGGGGCGGCUGCCUCGGGGCCACCCUGUCGGAUCCGCGGGCGGCCAGGGGGGGACAUGGUCCCCUCCGUGGACCCUUCCUGGCGGCCAUGAAGAGGCAGAACGUGCGGACUCUCUCGCUGAUCAUCUGCACGUUCACUUACCUGCUGGUGGGGGCGGCGGUCUUCGACGCCCUGGAGUCGGAGCACGAGCUGCGCGAGGAGGAGCAGCUGAAAGCCGAGGAGACUCGGCUGAAGGGGAAGUACAACAUCACCAGCGACGAUUACCAACAGCUGGAAGAGAUCAUCAUGCAGUCGGAACCUCACCGGGCUGGCGUCCAGUGGAAAUUUGCCGGCUCUUUCUACUUUGCCAUUACAGUCAUCACCACCAUUGGUUACGGCCACGCUGCCCCUGGGACGAAUGCAGGGAAGGCCUUCUGCAUGUGCUACGCUGCCCUGGGCAUCCCACUCACCCUUGUCAUGUUCCAGAGCCUCGGCGAACGCAUGAACACCUUCGUCAAGUACCUCUUGCAACGGAUGAAGAAGUGUUGCCGGAUGAGAAGCAUCGAGGUCUCCAUGGAGAACAUGGUGGCCGUCGGCUUCUUCUCCUGCAUCGGCACCCUCUGCAUCGGAGCAGCUGCCUUCUCUCAUUGUGAAGAGUGGACCUUCUUUCAGGCCUUCUAUUACUGUUUUAUCACAUUGACUACAAUCGGGUUCGGAGACUACGUGGCCCUUCAGACGAAAGGAGCUCUUCAGAAGAAGCCGCUCUAUGUGGCCUUUAGCUUUAUGUACAUCCUGGUGGGAUUAACCGUCAUCGGGGCUUUCCUCAAUCUGGUUGUUCUCAGGUUGUUCAUGAACAUCGAGGAAGAGAGACGGGAGGCUGAGGAGAGGGCCUCCCAGGCGGGAAACCGGAGUAGCAUGGUGGUCCACAUCCAAGAAGACUCUCAACAUGGCCGCCCACGGUACAAGGCCGAGGUGACGGAUCUUCAGUCUGAUUGUUCCUGCAUGUGUUACAGGUCCCAUGAAUACACCAGCCGGGUGGUUUCCCAGCAAAAUUCCUUCAGCUCCAAACUGAACCUCCAGUACUUUCACUCCAUCUCCUACAAGAUUGAGGAGAUCUCACCAAGCACAUUAAAAAACAGCCUGUUCCCAUCUCCCAUCAGUUCAAUCUCCCCUGGAUUGCACAGCUUUACGGACCAUCACAGGCUGAUGAGACGACGGAAAUCUAUUUGA